AUGAAGAUCUACAAACACGAGAACCAUUAUCACUGGGGAGUGGACGUGAUAAACCAAAUGACCGAUCCGUGGACGGAAACCGGCUGGUACCCGGCCGACGGGAAAGACUGUGUCCUCACCUCCUACACAACAGACAAGUAUCUCUCUUCUUAUCUGUCCGAGAAACAUUUCUUCUUCUGUUCCGGGCUCUUCUCUGGACUCUUCUCGUUGGACGUGUUCUUCCCGGAGUCCAAGUCGUGGUCGGACGCUCUGGGACACUGUGUGAGUCUGGGUCUGUCCCUCGCAGAGUUCAAGAACCGCAACAGUCCACGUUGGCCCGGUUCUCCGUUCUACGUGGCCCGAGAGUUUCCCGUUUGGAUCGGCCUCCGCAGAAACGGCGGAUCCUGGGGCUGGAGCGACAACAACCCGUCUGACUUCAGAAACUGGGCUCCAGAUCUUGGCGUGGCUGCGAGCUCUGUCCAGGGCCCAGGUGUGGGGUCAGAUUGUGUGUCUGUGUCGUCUCAGUCUAAGUCCAUGUCAGUGCACAGCUGCUCCGAGGCCUUCCCUUCUCUGUGCUACAGACACAAUGUGGUCCUGGUGCAGGAGCUUCUGACCUGGGAGCAGGCUCUGGAGACCUGCAGGAUCCUCACGCCCUCCACAGGCUCCUUCAGCCUCCUCAGGCUCCAACAGAGCGAGAUGGACAACAUCAAGAACGUCCUGCGCUUCUCCACCACCAGCAAGGUGUGGGUGGGUCUGCGGUUCCUGGGUGGUUCUUGGUUCUGGUCAGAUGGGGGCGCUGUCUCUCUGUCUUCUCUUCCUGUGUGUCCUGAGUCUGGACUUCACUGUGGAGCUCUGGUCCUCAAUGAAACCCCAGGAUCAGACCCGCUCAUAGAACCCAGCGACUGCAGCCAGACCCUCAAUGUGCUCUGUUAUGGAGAACCUUAGAACCCUCUGCUGUGGAGAACCUUA